AUGGGGUUCUCGAGUCAUUUCCGUGGCCUCUCGCCUGGCGGCGGUCGUCACCAUCACGCUGGUCCACGGGCCUCGACUGCCAUGGUCCAGCUGGGCUCUUCUCUGGAUCCGCAUGAGGCACCCCGAAGUCGACACGAUUACGAUGAUUACUAUUACCCCUCGGACGUGGGUUAUACCAGCACAUACCGCCAGCACCCUCGACACCUGGCCUCAAUCGAUGUCCAGCCCUUGUCUACACAGAAAUAUCGUGAUCCUGGCCAUUCAACAAAGAAGCGAACCGAGUAUGCCAUCCAGCCGCAAACCAGGCACAGAAGCCACACCGCAUCGGCGACAGAUAUCUACGACGCUCCUGGUCGAUUGGCUGUACCGUCAUCCUCGUCAUCACAUCUUCGCCCGGUCGUCAGCUCAGGCCGUGGCCAUCGCUCCCCCAGUCCUCUUCCCAUAGACUCUUCACGCAUCGCGGUUCCCUCCUCCUCUUCCCGUCAUGGCUCUGGUCACCGUCGAGUGUAUAGCACCGACUAUGCCAGUGACACUGGUCGGCUAGAAAUGCGCGAUCCUUCGAGACACCGAACCGGUGUCCAUCAUGGCGCAUACCGGGUUCACCCACCGGCUGGUCAGCGGCGACAUCCACCGUAUGACGGACCCAAAAAGGGCUAUAACAUUGACAACUACGAUGCCUAUUCGUACACGUGUCCAGGGGAAGAAGCAAGACGAGACUUGUCCGGAGACUAUCCCGUUGUUAGGCCGCGCCAUCCCUCUGGUCGGACGUCCAUUGACCGGCCUAUGAGUGUGAAUCUUGCCGAGGAACACCCUCAAUGGUUGGCGCGCAGCAAGGACCACCGCCACCACGGGCCUCCUCCUACAUCUUGGGGUCUGGACAGGAUAGACCGUGACGGUCGGCCUCGAAGCUCUGCUCGCGGGUUUGAUGACUACCGGGAUACAUCUAGAACCAGCGCAAUUGUUGGACACGAUCGUGCCUUGGUUGCAUUGCCCCAUGAGUCUGACGGUGAUUAUCACAGCGAUACCCACCGCAGAUCACACCGCGACGACGUCCGGCGACAUGUAGAUGACCGAUCUCCGCGACUACACAACGGUGUUGGUGACAGGGCUUUGGCUAUCGCCGGCCUCGGCACAGCUGCACUGGGUGGCUUCUCGGAUGCUUCAGACUUGGAGCAUCACCGACCCGGCAGACGCCGCCACCGACGCCGCGAGGCCGAGCGUGAGUACGAUUCCGCUCAACCCUCGUCUAGGGAUCUCGCCGAGAGUGGCCCCUCCAAUUCGGGGCGGAGCAAGCAGCUAUACCUAGAGCCCAGCGAUGCCCUCCGUCGACGGAGGCAUUCGCGGAGACGAAGCAGCCGCCGCUCAGGCAGCGACACGGAUGUUUACACGGACGACGAGGACCUUCACAAGUACCGGCGUGAGCCUGCUGCGGCACCACAUCGAAGUCGACAUAGCAGCACCGACACCAGCAGUGCUGAUGACCAUCUGGGCAGACGUCCCCCGCGAGACCGGUCGCAACAUCGGUCCCGUUCACGGCGACCGACCGAAGAUGCGCGCUCCACGGAUUCGCGAAGCUCUCCAUUCCUUGACCAACGGGAGGAGGUCCGCAAGCCGAUCACUGUUGAGCCCCCUGCCACCAAAGAGCCAGAGCAGCCCGCGCCAAAGAGUAUCCUCAAGCCUCCCAAGAAGGCCUUCCCCGAGGAGCCAAACCCGAUAAGAGAAGGUGUGGCUCCAUUGAAAGAUGCCAACAAAAAUGGCAUUCCACCCACGGCGCGAUGGACCAAGAUCGACCGGCGACUAGUCAACCCCGCCGCAUUGGAGGCAGGCAACGAGCGAUACGAGGAGCGACCGGAGUUUGUGAUCGUGCUGCGGGUCCUCACCAAGGAGGAGAUUCAGGCAUAUGCUUUGAAGACGCAGGAGGUCAGACGUAAGCUCUUUCAAUUCCACACAACGGCGAUAGGCUUCAAUGAGACAGACACUUACUUUUCUUCAGAUGCCCGCCGCGAGGAAUACGUGCGCGACAAGCGCCAGCGCAGAGAAGAAGACCAGCGCCAUGGCCGGCGGGGCGCAGAGUCCUCCAGCGAUGACGAGGACGAGAGCUCGGACGAGCCGCUGAAGAUCGAGGCACCCCCCGUCCCCGAUGCGAACACGUCUCUGCCCAUGCGGUCUCGUCCUGCAAGUAACUCGCCGCCGCUACCCGAGCGCCCAUCCGCCGUCCAGGUGUAG